AUGCUGGUCCUGAACGCAGUGCUGCUGGCCCCCCUGCUGCUGUUGGACGCCCUGCCGCUCGCCUCUUCCUCGCACAGUAGUCCUCGUCCUCCUUUACCUCCUGAGGGCCUGGCGCCGGUCCAGGUGGAAUUCCACUCGCUCAACUUCAGGAACGUUCUGCACUGGAAAGCUCGUCCCAGCGGCCCGGACCACCUGCGCUACUCUGUACAGUAUAAAGUGUACGGAGAGGCGCAGUGGAGCACGUGUAAGCACUGCCAGGACAUCCAGAAACUAGAGUGCGACCUGAGCCAGGAGACGUCCGACCCGCGGCAGUGGUACUACGCCAGGGUCCACGCUCAGUCCACCACAGGACCGUCGGCGUGGGCGGUCAGCUCCAGGUUUUAUCCUCAGUGGGACACCGUCUUCAGUCCACCGCAGAUCAGACUGAACGUGACGGAGCGAGGCAUCGUGGUGCAGAUCCGCCCCCCACGGACCCCCUUACAGGGGAAGAGGAGCGGCAGGGUCUCCGUCACCAAACUACAGCGGCUGAAAUUCAGGAUCUACCUCACGACCGGAGAGGAGGAGACGAUCCACGAGGCCGCGGGCUGCAGCAAGAAGCUGGUGAUCGAGCCUUUAGAGUCCGGAACCACCUACUGCGCCCAGGCCGCCACCGUGGUCCCUCUGUCGGGCGUGGCCAGCUCGAGGAGUCCCAGAUCCUGCAUCAGCACGUCGUAGAUCCUCACACAAGGGUGAAGCUGCUUCUGGAUUGUUUGUAAAUAGAACCACACCUUCCAUCACCGGAGCGCCGAG